UUAGGGUUGCGGACGGCACCGUCUAGUUGUUUUCCGGUGGUGCUCUGCUCAUAGGAGUACGGCGCUGAGACCAAAGCUCCCUGUGGAUAGAUCUGCGGAUUCUGGUGUUGAUCGGAAUUAUGAGCGUGUUGGCUUGGAAUUGCAAAGGCUUGGGAAACCCGGUGUUGGUGCAGUGCUUAUCAGACCUGGUGCAGAGGAACAAACCAUCAAUCAUAUUUUUGAUGGAGACAAAAUUACGCUGCAGAAGGGUGAAGGAUAUACUUCGGUCGCUAGGGUAUAUUAACAGCGAAGGUACAUAUGCAGAAGGGCAAGGAGGAGGAGUUAUCUUGGGAUGGAAUGAAGAUUGCGAUGUAACGGUGGUGGAAUCGAACGCCAAUUUCAUCGAUUGCCAGGUCUGUAGCAUGGAAGGCGGUUUAACGUGGAGGUUCACCGGCUACUAUGCAUACCCGGAGACGGUGAGGAGGAGGGCGGUGUGGAAUCUACUGCAAAGGCUGGCAGCGAGCAAUUCUUUUCCAUGGUUGGUCAUGGGAGACAUGAAUGAUAUCAUGUAUGUGUCGCAUAAGAAAGGGCGAAUACCGCACCCACUGUGGCGUUUGAAUGGAUUCAGGGGAGUGGCAGCUUGUGGAUUGCGAGAUUUCCCGUUUGACGGAUACCAGUGGACAUGGGAAUGGGGGAAAGGAACUCCAAAUUGGGUGGAGGAAAAGCUUUACCGAAUUCUUAUCAAUGAUUCUUGGUGGGAUAAUUUCAGGGAGGCAAUAGCAAACUCGGUGGAAGCCUCCACAAGUGACCAUAUGGCCUUAGUUAUUCGUAUAAAGCCUACUUGUCAUAAUAAGACGGAGAAGAGGUUCCGAUUUGAAAACAAUUGGCUGAAGGAGGAGGAAUGAAGAACAAUUGUAGCUAACAAUUGGAGGGCAGGAGAACAAAUGACAGUGGGGGAUCGACUUCUCUUUUGUGGGAAAGAAUUAGCUAAAUGGGAUGGCAGCAGAACCAAUGGUUUUCGCCAUCAAAUACAAGCAUGCAAAAAAUGAAUGUCGUGAUUAAAAUGGAAGGAGGACACGACUAAUGUUAUUGAAUAUAUCCGCACUAGAUUAGUCCUGAAUUCGUUGUUGGAGAAGGAAAAUCAGUACUGGAGGCAGAGGGCUAAGGAAUUCUGACUGAGAGAAGGAGAUAUUAACUCCCGGUUCUUCCAUAAUGCGGUUAAGGCGCGCAGGAGGAAAAAUAAACUGCAGGGAUUACGAAGGUCGGAGGGAAGUUGGGCGACGGGCAGGGAAGAGGUAGGGGAUAUGGUGUAUAAUUACUUUGCUGGAUUAUUCACAGAGCUACCUCAGUCAGAUGUGGAGGAGGUUCUCGAAUCUCGGCCCACUAGGAACGGUGAGCUCGACGCAGAACAUCAGGCUAUUACGGCAAAUCACGAUGGAGGAAGUAAAGGAAGUCACAUUUAAUAUGCACCUGGAGAAGGCCCCAGGUACGGAUGGGAUGAAUUCGGCCUUUUUCCAAAUUUUUUGGGAUAUUGUGGAUCCGGAGGUAAUAGAUAUGUGUAGAGGUAUUUUUGAUAGUGGGAGAAUUCCUAGAGAAAUAAAUGUUACCAAUAUUGUACUGAUCUCAAAGAAGGAGAGACCUGAGAAUAUGGGGGACAUGAGAUCGAUUGCUUUAUGUAAUGUAGUAUAUAAAAUCUUCUCUAAAGUCCUGGCUAAUCGUAUGAAAGGAUUAUUGGGAGAUUUGAUAGGAGAAAACCAGAACGCGUUUAUUCCAGGAAGGUCGAUAGUGGAUAAUAUUGUGGUGGCGUUUGAGACUCAGCACUCUCUGAAGAGAAAACAAGGGGGGUAAAGAGGGGUUUGUGGCACUCAAGCUAGAAUGAGUAAAGCUUAUGAUAGAAUGAGCUGGAGUUUUUUGGAGAAAAUAAUGGGGAGAAUGGGCUUUGAAGCCAGUUGGAUUGGUCUCAUAAUGGAGUGUAUCAGUACAGUCAGCUAUCAUGUCCAAUUCGAGAAGGGAGCACUAGGGCCGAUUAUUCCGGGUAGAGGGUUGAGACAAGGGGACCCACUAUCUCCCUAUUUAUUUAUACUAGUGGCCGAAGGCCUAAGUUCGCUAUUGAGGAGGGCGGAUAGCAGAUGCGAUGUGCAUGGGGUGGCGGUGUGUAGAGGGGCUCCAAAGGUUUUGGAUGGGACGAUCCCUACUGUGGAUAAAUUGCGCCAGAGAGGUAUAGCUAUACCGAACGGGUGUAAACUAUGUGAUGACCCGGUGGAAUCUCUGGAGCAUGCUUUUCGGAGUUGUAGAUGGGCUCGUCCCGUGUGGCAGGAAGCUGGCAUAAAUGCCGAGGAGGACAAGCCGGUAGAGGAUUGGCUGAGGAGGGGUAUUGAGAUGGGAGAUGAGGAGAAGAAGGGUAAAUUCAUGGCGCUACUCUGGAGCCUUUGGAAACGAAUAAAUAAUGCAGUUUGGAAAGAUCAAAAGCUGGACACCACUAGUGUUAUUAAUGGAGCUGGUGGAAUGCUGGCAAGCUGGAAGGAGACCCAAGAUCGGGGGGACCGACAGGUGUUCAACAAAAUAAAGAGAGAACAGUGGAAGAGACCGAAGAAAUAUUAUAUAAAAAUUAAUGUGGAUGGCGCGACAAAUGAAAAUGGGGGUGUAAGAGCUUGGGGUUGGAUGACAAGAUAUGAUGAGGGGAAUUUUCUGAAAGCACAAGGGGGGUCGGCGGCGGUGAAUUGGACAGUGGCAGAGACAGAAGCUCAUGGGCUGCAGGAAGCUAUUAAGGGUGCUAUUCGGGAAGGAUGAAAUCAGGUUGAGUUUGAGUUAGAUGCAAUGACAGUAGUAAAGAAUAUAAAGUCAGGGGGAUGGUGCUCGUAUUUACAAAUUAUUAUAGAGGAUAUUAGAGAGGUGUUAGAAACUAAGAGUGAUCUGCGAAAGUGUGGCUCAUGCAAUAGCAAGAGGACACAUAAAUCUCCCAGAUCAGCAUAGUAGCUAUGAUG